AUGCAGAGUCGAGCCGUCGAGAAGAGGGCCCAGCUCGAGGUUAAGGAGGGCGAGCCUCUGGGUACCCUCGUCGGCCGAAUACCCGUGAUACCGGACUUUACCUACCGGUUCAACGAGCAGCCCAAGGAAUUUAAUCUGGACCCCGUGUCGGGGGAGAUCAGGACGGCCGUGCUCCUCGACAGGGAAAGAUUGACGAGCGACCGGUUCGACCUGGUGGUGCUGUCGAGCCAGCCGACCUACCCGAUCGAAGUUAAAAUACGCGUGAUCGACGUCAACGACAACGCCCCGGAGUUUCCCGAGUCGAGCAUCGCCGUGAGCUUCGCCGAGUCGGCCAGUGCUGGCACGAAGCUGCUGCUCGACACCGCGACCGACAGGGACACCCCGGAGAACGGCAUCACCGAUGACUACUCCAUCGUGGACGGCAACGCCGAUGGCAAGUUUCGACUUUUGGUCACUGGAAACCCAAGCAUCUCGUCGUCCUACCUCCACUUGGAGACAACGAGCAAACUCGACCGCGAGCAAAUCGAGUACUACUCGCUGAACGUGUGCGCGCGCGAUCGGGGCCAACCACCGAAGCUUGGCUGCCUGUUGGUCAACGUGACGGUGCUCGACGUCAACGACAACCCACCGAUGUUCCUUCAGAGCGAGUACGUGGCCGUACUCAACGAAAGCUCCCCGGUGGGCACGCACAUUCUCACCGUUCAAGCCUACGACAAGGACAGCGAGGACAACGCGAGGCUCACGUACUACCUGUCGGAGACGAACGAGCGCCAAUUCAGCGUGAACCCCGAGACGGGAGAGGUUACGACGAGCGAGGCGCCCCUCGAGUGUCCCCAGCAGCAGAGCUGCCAGGACCAGCGGGCCAAGAGACACUCGGCCGGUGGGUGUCCGAAGAGCUGCGUUAUUGCGGUCUUUGCCCAGGAUCACGGUACGCCCCGGCAGGAAGGCCGUACCUACGUGACGGUCAACCUGUUGGACUCGAACGACCACGACCCCGAGAUCCGGUUCACGUAUUUCCCGCCGACCUCGGGCUUCGCGACGGUCGACGAGAACGCGGCCAAGGGCUCGAUAGUCGCCGCGAUUGGCGUGAUCGACGCCGACGAGGGACUCAAUAGCGAGACGAGCAUCGAGAUAAGGGCCGGCAACGAGCUCCGGCACUUUGAGCUAACCGGGUACAACGACGACGAGGCCUCGGCCCAGAGUUUCCGCCUCGUGCGGGUCAACGGCAAGCUGGACCGCGAGGAGAUACCCAAGUACAAUUUGACGAUCGUCGCCCGGGACCGGGGCAACCCGCCGAGGUCGGCCACGGCUUACCUAGCCAUCCACGUGAACGACGUGAACGACCACGAGCCGGUGUUCCAGCAGAGCGAGUACUCGGCCGUCCUCUCGGAGCUCUCGCCGGUGGGGAGCUUCGUGGCGAGUAUCACGGCCACGGAUGCGGACACGGGACUCAACGCGCGCAUCUACUACGACUUCGAGGCUACGGGGAACGAGCACGCCUGGUUCGCCAUAGAUCGGGACACGGGCCUGGUGACGACGCGGGCCACCCUGGACCGAGAGAUCGAGGGUAGCGUGGAGCUGCGGGUUCAGGCCAGGGAUGGCGGACCCAAUCCAAAGUUCGUCUCGACCCACCUGCGCGUCACGAUUCUCGACGAGAACGACGAGGUGCCCAAGUUUGCGAGCAGCUACCUGGAGGUCGCGCUCUCGGAGAACACGCCAGCCGACAGUCUGGUGGCCACCUUGUCGGCCGUCGACAACGACCAGGGGACCAACGGCAGCGUUGCGUACAGCCUGCACCCGAGCGUGCUGCGCGAUUAUCCACGGACCUUUGCCCUGGACUCCCUGACGGGCCAGUUGAUGACGAAGGUCACCCUGGACAGGGAACGGAUGGCCGAGUACCGAAUACUCGUGGUGGCGAGGGACCAGGGCAGCCCGACCCAGAGCUCCACCGCCACGGUUCUACUGAGCAUCGAGGAUGUCAACGACAACGCACCCGUCUUCUACCCAACCACGUACUUCUUCCCUGUGGGAAGGGAUUCGACACGCGGCACCCUCGCGGGUAAGCUCUUUGCCACAGACGCCGACUCGAAGGAGAACGCGCUCAUCAGGUACAGCCUCGAAUCGGGUGGCGACGGGGGGCUCUUUGCCAUGGACGAAAGGACCGGCGAGCUGUUCCUGCAGGGCCCGCUGCGCCACAGGAGUCUCUUCAAGCUGACUGUCUCCGCCAGGGACAACGGCGACAGAGCUGCCGCGAGAAACGCCCUGGUCGAGGUAGUCGACAGAGAAAGCUUGGUGCACCUUGAGUUCAAGGCCUUCGACAACGGCUACCGUUUCCGAGUGAUGGAGCACCAUGGCGACUGCUCGGACAAGCUCGCGUACAAAAACACACCAUCGAGGGACGUCGGAACCGUCCAGGUUGACGUGCAGCAGGGCCAAAAAAUAGCGUCAGUCACCUACGCCAUUGUCCUCGGGGAUCCGGAGGGCCGAUUCAGGAUAGACGAGUCAACGGGUGCCAUAACCACGGCUGGCUGCAUCGACCGCGAGAAGACGGCCCAGUACAAUCUGCAGGUAUCAGCACGAGCGGGCCUGGCGUACGGUUUGGCGAGAGUGAACGUCAGCGUGCUCGACAGCAACGACAAUCCACCCAGGUUCUCCAGCGAGGAGCGCGAGGAGGACGUCCCGCUGAACGAGCUUGCGGCCGUGGGUCAAGAGGUCUGCUUGGCGCGAGCCCGCGACAGGGACGUGGGACUCAACGCUCGCGUCGUCUACUCGUUGACGCGCAAUCCUGGCCAACAGUUCCGCAUAGCCGAGGGUACGGGAAUCGUGUAUUUGGCCAAGCCGGUCACCCAGCCACCGGGAACGGUCCUCCAGAUCGAAGUGACCGCCCGGGAUUCAGCGGGGGCCGAGCAACAGCAACACUCCCUCGCCACGACCCAGCAGAUUCGGGUGGUCAUCGAGGACGCUAACAAUCACACGCCGGUCUUUGAGCUGCCGAGCUACGAGACCUCGCUGCCCGAGUCGACACCCGUGAACGAGCGGUUCUUCGGACUACUGGCCUCGGACGCGGAUUUUGGACCAAACAACGGCCGAGUGUCCUACUGGAUAAGCGAGGGCAACUCCGAGGGCCGGUUCGGCAUCUUCCCCGACGGGCAGCUCUACGUGCGCAACGAGCUGGACCGCGAGGAGCAGGACUACUACGCCCUGGAGGUUACAGCAAGCGACCACGGUAACCCAAAGCGGAGCUCGAGCGUGUCCCUGGUCGUGCACGUGGUCGAUGAGAACGACAACGCGCCGCAGUUUGGCAACUCGAGCUUCACCUUCCACCUGCGCGAGAACGAGCCCGCCGACACGUUCGUCGGCAAACUCGUGGCCAGCGACCGCGACGCAGGACGAAAUGCCGAUCUGACCUACUCUCUGCCCGCCACCCAGCAGGACUUUGCGGUGGACCCGCGCAAUGGUUUCGUGAGGUCGCUGCGAGCCUUCGACCGGGAACACCUGGUGGCCAGCACCGGAGGGAACGUGAUCAGCCUCGAGGCGACCGUCCACGACAACGGGGCGAUGGGCCGACUCAGAGACCGGGUCAAGAUGAGCGUCUACAUUGGCGAUGUGAACGACAAUGCGCCUCAGUUCAAGCGACUGCCCUACCAAAUCCAAGUGAGCGAGGCCGCAGCCGUAGGGAACCAGUUGCUGCGCGUCUACACCUCGGACGCCGACGAGGGACUCAACGGGGACGUGUUUUACACCCUGGAGGACAGCGGUGACGAGCAGUUUGCCAUCGACGAGGCCACGGGUCAGAUAAUCCUGGCCAAAAGGCUGGACCGAGAGUCGCGCGACACCUACCGACUAACCGUGGUGGCUCAUGACGCGGGCCAGGAGAUGCAGCUGUCGGCGAGCGCCACGGUCGACGUGGAUGUGCUCGACGAGAACGACAACGCGCCACGCUUUGUCGACGGCAAGCCGAGGAUAUCGGUACCCGAGACGACCGCGCUCAACGUCGAGCUGCUGCGCUUCAGGGCGACCGACGCCGACCUCGGGAGCAACGCUGAGCUGAGCUACGCCAUAACCGCGGGCAACAAGUACGACGCGUUCCACGUCGAACCAGCCACUGGAGCACUCUACCUGCGCAAGCCCCUCGACUACGAGGACCAAAAGUUCCACCAGCUGAACGUGAGCUGCAGCGAUUCUGGCCACCCACGGCUGAGCAGCCUCGUUAGUCUGCGCGUCGACGUGGUCGACGCCAACGACAACCCGCCUGUUUUCCCGAACACGGCCAUCGUCCGGCAGAUCGUCGAGGGCCUGCCGGUUCACCGGCCCGUGGUGACUGUCAGCGCCGAGGACCCGGACUCGGGUGACAACGGCUUGGUCAGCUACGCGAUCGCCAGCCAGGAACCCGAGGACGAGAAACGCCGCUUCGGCAUCAACCCGGCAACCGCGGUGAUUCACACCCUCCUGCCGAUCGAGCGCGAGGAGAUAGACACCUUCAAACUCAUUGUCGUUGCCACGGACACGGCCCAGCCGACUUCCAGCAGACUAUCGGCCGAGAAGUCGGUCACGGUCAUUGUGACCGACGUCAACGACAACGCGCCCGUCUUUGUCAACAUGCCGGCCUUUGUGUUGCCGCGCACCUCUCCCCUCAGGGAUGAGCCGGUACAGAUCGGGCAGUUUCUGGCCCGAGACGCCGAUUCCAGCACCAACGGCCAGGUGACGUACGAGCUGCUACGCAGCGACAACAACUACACGGACCUGGUGCAGAUACAUCGUGGCACUGGGAUGCUCGCGAUGCGGCUCUUGGGUGGGGUCGUCUUCGGGCGCGUGGACAGGUUGCGGGUGGGAGUGCGGGCGAGCGACGAGGCCAGCCAGGCCGAACGCCGGUCCACCGAGAGCUACGCGACCCUCAUAGUGCCGGGCGCCGAGGGCGAUGGCCCGGUUUGGGAGCAUAGCGGGACCCUCGAGGGAAGCGUACGGGAGAACGAAGCAGUGGGUACCAGUGUGUUGCGCGUCAGGGCCAAGAGUCGAAGGAGAUCGGGGGUGGUGGUAGCAGGAGACGAACCGGUCGUCGAGUACUACGUGACCAACGUGACUGCCGGGGUGGAUGGGCCGAUGGUGGACAGGCUCUUUGACGUCGACGCCAGAUCGGGGCUGCUGUCUACGGCCGCGCCCUUGGACCGGGAGCUCGGCGCCGAAUGGUACGAGGUUGAGGUCUACGCGGUCGUCGUUGGAGCAGCAAGGCCCAGCACGUCCUCGACAAAGGUGCGCGUGAGGGUGGAGGACAAAAACGACGUAGCGCCGAGGUGGGCUCCCGGGCCCUGGAGGUUCAACGUCUCGGAGGAAGCGCCACUCAAUACCCUCGUCGCGGUCCUCAAAACCCACGACCCGGAUACCGUUGGCACCGUCAAAUACACCAUCGUCAGCUCGACGAAAAAUCCACACGGUGACGAGGAAAGCUACAGACUGUCAAGCCCGUUCAAGUUGGACUCGGGAACGGGUCAGCUGCGACUCGGCGAGGCUCUCGACCGCGAGACCAGGGAGAGCUACGCGCUGAGGGUGAGGGCCGACGACGGGGCCCAGCACACCGACGUCACUCUUACCGUCAUCGUGACGGACACGAACGACAACGCGCCAGUUUUCCAAGCGACGGCCUACUCGUUCGACGUCCUGGAGAACAUGCCGCGCGGCAGCCGAGUCGGCCAAGUCGCGGCGAGCGACGCCGACGGGCCCGGGCCGAACAGCCAGAUCAGCUACGCGCUCAUCUCCGACUGGGCCAACGACGUAUUCUCGCUCAACCCGAGCACCGGGGUCUUCACCCUCACGGCCAACCUCGACUACGAACAGGUGCAGCACUACAUCCUCGUGGUGCAGGCGACGGACUCGGGCUCGCCGGCGGCGUUGUCGUCGACGGUGACGGUCUACUGCAACGUGGUCGACCUGAACGACAACGCGCCGAUGUUCGAGCCGGGGGCUCGUGCGGUUGACCUGCCGGAAAACGUGGCGGUGGGCGCGCUCGUGUUGGGGACGCGCGCCACCGAUCUCGACGCCGGGGACAACGGACUGAUCGGCUACGCGAUCGUCGCUGGUGACGACAACGGAGACUUUGGGGUCGCCGCCAACGGGACCAUCUACACGAGGAGGGAACUCGACCGCGAGGCCAAGAGCGUUUACGGCCUCGUGCUCGAGGCCAGGGACGCCCCGAGAGCACCGGCCAAGCCACUCGCCUCCACCAUACAGAUAACGGUGAGCCUGACGGACGUGAACGACCAGGCGCCAGAGUUCGUGUCCACGAACCAGACGAGCGUCACGGAGGGCGUGGCCAUCAACAGCGUCGUGAUGGUGGUCAAGGCCGUGGACAGGGACGAGGGCCGCAACGGCUACGUCGAGUACUCCCUGGCCCCGGGCCAAGGGGAGGUGCCCUUCGCCCUCGGCUCGGUGGAUGGGGUCCUGAGGGUCUCCGGACCCCUCGACCGCGAGCACCGCUCCAACUACGAGCUCGCGCUCACGGCCAAGGACAGGGGCGAGCCCCCGCGUAUCACCGCCCAACGCGUCCUCGUCAACGUCCUCGACGAGAACGACAACUCACCCGUUUUCGACCCCAGACGCUACUCCGCCAGCAUCGCCGAGAACGCGAGCAUCGGCGCCAACGUCCUCCAGGUGUCGGCGAGCGACCGGGACGAGGGUGCGAACGGCCGGCUGCGCUACAGCAUAGCCUCGGGCGACGACAAUCGGGACUUUGCGAUCUCGGAGGACGGGGGCGCGAUCAGGGUCGCCAGGAGCCUGAACUUUGAGCGCAAGCCGAGCUACAGGCUGCAGGUGCAGGCCGAGGACUGCGCCCCCGAGUUGGGAGGUGACGCGAGGUUCGACCACGCCGAGGUCAUCAUCAGCGUCCUCGACGUCAACGACAAUGCGCCGCUGUUCCGCGACUCGCCCUACCUGGCCCACGUCAUGGAGAACAUGCUGCCACCCGCCUCGGGUUUUGUCAUGCAGGUGAAGGCGUACGAUGCGGACACGCCGCCCUACAACGAUCAGGUACGCUACUUCAUCAAGGAGGGCGACACCGACCUCUUCCGCAUAAACGCCAGCACGGGCGAGAUCUUUCUCCUGAGGCCGCUCGACCGCGAACGCGUCCCGGAGUACGUGCUCACCCUCCUCGCCAUGGACACAGGCACGCUUCCGCUCACCAGCUCAGGCAGCGUGAGGAUCCUCGUUCUGGACGUGAACGACCACGCGCCCGAGUUCGGCCGUCAGGAGUACAGGGCUGAGGUGAUGGAAAACCUCGCCGUCGGGGCCUGGGUUGCUAAUCCCCUGGCCACCGACAGGGACGACGGACUCAACGCCCAAAUCCGUUACAGCUUGUUGGGCGACGGAGCCGAGAGGUUCCAAGUGAACUCGAGUACCGGGGAGAUCGUCACUCUGGAGCCCCUCGACCGCGAACAGCACGACGUUUACCACCUGACUCUCGUCGCUCAGGACUCCAGUCCGACGGAACCGCGCGCCUCCGCGGCCAAUCUCACCAUAAGCGUCCGCGACUCGAACGACAACACGCCCAGGUUCUCGAGCCCGAGGUACACGGCUUACGUUCCCGACACCACGAGCAAAGGCGAUUUUGUGUUCGGCGCCAAAGCCAGUGACGACGACGAGGGUGACAACUCCCGCAUCGUGUACCGGCUCCACGGCAAGGACGCGCGUCGCUUCGGCGUGGACUCGCGCAGCGGGGUGGUGCGCGCACUCGAGGACCUCGCCAUGGGCGGCCAAAACACCUACCAGCUGCAGAUCGAGGCUUCGGACUGUGGGAGCGAGCCGCGCGCGGUCUCGGUCGAUUUGGUCGUUCAUCUGUGGGAGCGCCAGUUGUUCCCGUGCUUCGGACCCGGGACCGAGACGCGGUUCACCCUCAGGGAGGACGCGCCCGAGGGCAGAGUCGUCACGACGCUGAGCGCCUCGACGCCCAAAACCGGGCCGGCCAGUGAACUCGUUUUCGGCAUGGCCGGGGGCAACGUCGGGGACUCGCUAAGGAUCGAGCCGCGCACCGGGGAUGUGGUUAUUGCAUCUGGAUUUGACUACGAAACUUUGCCGAGCUACGAGGCGUGGGUGGAGGUUCGGGAUUCCGGCAAUCCUUCGCUAAGAAGCGUCAUUCAGCUUCUAGUCAACGUCACCGAUGCUAAUGACAAUGCUCCCGUCAUGGAUAUGCCAAAUUACAACGCCUCCGUUCCAGAGGAAGACUACCCACCGUCUCGCGUGGCAAGAGUAUCGGCCAAAGACGCCGACUCUGGUGAAAAUAGCGAGAUCACGUACCAUCUGCUCAAUGAUUUUGACGAGGUGUUCGUGAUUGACGAGUUUUCUGGGGAGAUAAGCACAAAUUCCAUGCUGGACAGAGAGAAGGUGUCGUCGUAUAAAUUGAUAGUCGAAGCUUGGGAUCGCGGGGUACCGCGUCUUACCGGCACAGCGACGGUUUUCGUGACCGUCCUCGAUAAAAAUGACAAUCCGCCUCGAUUCACCCGACUGUUCAACGUCAAUGUCACCGAAAACUCUGAGAUCGGUACUUUUGUCAUCCGCAUCACCACGACAGACCUGGACAUGGAACACAAUGCCAACGUGACGUACAGUUUCACCGAAAAUUCCAGCAACAAGUUUACCAUAGAUCCAAUCAGCGGUAACGUCACUGUGGCCGGUAAUUUGGACCGCGAAGUUCAGGAUGAAUACCUGUUAAAAGUCGUGGCUACCGAUAGAGCAUGGAUCACGGAAACACCCCUGACCAUAUCCGUCCAGGACCAAAAUGAUAAUCCUCCGGAAUUCGAGAAACAGACGUACUACUUCCAUUUUCCAGAGUUGCAAGAGAAAAUGGCCCACAUAGGGCAAGUCGUAGCGAGCGAUGAGGACAAGCUGGGGGCUAAUUCCGAUGUUUCUUACAGCUUACUGCAGCCAUCUGAUUUAUUUUCGAUUGAUCCCGCGAUGGGGGAUAUUUAUUGCAAAAAAACCAUGCGUUACAAAUACACGAAAAGCCGGGCAUCGCCGGAGAACGUUUAUUCGUUCUACGUUGUAGCUAUGGACAAUGGAAAACCCCCGUUGUCCUCUAAAACACUGGUCUACGUGAAUAUCGUUGAUGCCAACAACCAUGCGCCGAAAUUUGAACACAGAGCGUAUUUGUGGCCAGUGCCAGAGGGAUACCCUAGCAAUAAGAAAGUGGCUCAAUUCGUUGCUUCGGACAGAGAAGAUUUCGGCGUCAACGCCGAGAUCGAAUACUUCAUCGUUGCUGGAAACGGAAGCGACUACUUUUACGUGGAACCGAAUUCUGGAUGGAUCUACAUAAAGAAAAGCAUGGCUGAAUUCAACACCGGCACGGUAUUUACGAUCAAAGGAAAGGCUACAGAUAAGGGCGUUCCUGUACGGAGUGACGAAAUUUGGGCAACUCUUAUUGUGACUGGGGAAAACAAGCACGCCCCGGCUUUUGCUGCAGUCAGUUAUCAAGUUCGAGUGCCGGAAAAUGAGCCGGCGAAUACGACCAUUUUAACUGUGAACGCUGUGGACUCUGACAGCGGGCCCAACGGAAUGGUCAGGUAUGAGAUUUCAGCUGGCAACGAGCGUCACGAGUUCUCCAUCCAUCCAAUUACUGGUGCCAUAACCAUUCUUGAAGCUUUGGACUACGAUACAGUCACAGAGUACAAACUUAACAUCACUGCCAGAGACUUAGGGUUCGCAUCAAAGUCUGCAGUCGCAACGUUGAUCGUAAAUGUAUCCGACGUCAAUGACAAUCCACCAAAGUUCAAUCAGAGCUUGUACCAAGCUUACUUACCCGAGAAUUCGCCGUCCCAACAUUUUGUAUUCAAAGUUGUGGCGACAGAUAUUGACUCACCCAAGUAUUCUGUCAUUCAAUAUCGAAUCAUCGGUGGAACUGGCAAGGAGUACUUUAAUAUCGAACAAAGCACUGGGAUUAUCAAAUCGAAGACGACCUUCGAUUACGAAGAGGUCAACGAGUACACGUUGGACGUCAUUGCUGCGAAUCCAGACACAAACUCUCAAGUGGUCGGUGCUACAACUGUAUUGGUUCACAUAACUGGCGUCAACGAGUUUUAUCCUAAAUUCAUCCAACCGGUUUUCCACAUGGAUGUUUCCGAAAGCGCGGAAAUUGGAACUUUUGUUGGUCUAGUCCAAGCCACCGAUCAAGAUGCCGGAAGCGACGGAAAAGUUUAUUACUUGUUCGUCGGUUCCUCGAACGAUCGUGGAUUCUCGAUCGGAUCGGAAACCGGAGUAAUAAGUAUAUCAAGGAGACUGGACAGGGAAACACAAAAUCGAGCUAUUCUGACUGUAAUGGCAAAGAAUGCUGGAGGUAUCAGGGGCAACGACACCGACGAAGCUCAGAUAAUUAUUUCGAUUCAAGAUGGAAACGAUCCUCCAGAGUUCUUAGAAAAUCUGUACGAAGCCAGUGUUCCCGAGGGAGAAAACACGGGAUCUAAGAUAUUGACCGUGCGGGCCGUCGAUAAGGACGUUAGACCCCAGAACAACCAAUUUUCGUACUCGAUAAUCGGCGGGAAUGUCGGACAAGCUUUUAAAAUCGAUCCGCAGUCCGGGGACCUCGAAACCGCGAAGCAUCUGGACCGGGAAACAGUGCAAAGCUACGAAUUGAUCAUCGGGGCCAUCGACACCGGCAGUCCACCUCAAACCGGAAGUACCACGGUGAAGAUCGAGCUGCUCGACGUGAACGACAAUGGUCCUGUUUUCGAUUUCAAGGAAAUUGUCGGGUACGUCAGUGAAAACGAGCCAGCCGGUACGAGCAUUAUGACACUGAGCGCUACCGAUCCCGAUUUACCCCCAAACGGGGCUCCAUUCUCGUACAGGCUAAUCGGAGGAAAACAAAUGGACUUGGUCCACUUGGAGAAACAUUCGGGCAUCUUGAAGACCACCAGAAGCUUGGACAGAGAAGCUACACCGCAGCUAGAUUUUUUGGUCGAAGUGGAGGACUCGGGUACACCAAGGCUGAGCAGCGAACACGCGAUAACCGUCCACGUCCUCGACCAGAACGACAGUCCAUCGAGUCCGAGGUCCGUCCACGUGAAGGUUUACUCGUUCAACGGGCAGACGCCCCUCGGCAAGAUAGCCGACGUGCAUCCCAACGAUCCCGACACCAGCGGCGACUACACCUGCAGGAUCCUUCAGGGCUCGGCCGGACCGCUGAACAUCCCUGCCGCGUGCGAUUUGCAUGCCGGCAAAAUCACGCCAGGCAUCGGAUACUCGUUGAGCGUGUCAGGAAACGAUGGAAGGCAUCCAGACGUAGUGUCCAAAGUUAGCUUGGAGUUUCUCACCUUCUCGAACGCGACCGUGGAGAAUACGGUGACGAUGCAGAUCGUAAGGAUGAAAACUGUCGAUUUUUUGGGCAAGUACUACGUGGCGCUCCUGGAUCUGCUUCAAGAGGAGCUCGACGUUGGCGAUACCCUCGGUAUAUACAGCAUCGACGAAAUUGACGGCCAUACGGAAGUUUACAUGGCUAUGCACUCUUCACAAGGGUAUCGUACGAAGCACGAGGUGAAGGAAAUCUUGACCAAGAAGAGCUGGCGAAUCGAAACUUUACUCGAAGGAGCAAACGUCAUGAUCGGGUAUUCGCCGUGCAAGAUCGACGCGUGCAACAACGGUGGAGUUUGCAGCGACAAAAUCGUAGUUUACGAGGAUUCAAGGAUCACGGAUACUCCGACUUUGAUAUUAACAUCGCCCAAAGUUGCGCACGAGAUGGUGUGCAAGUGCCGGGAUGGUUUUACUGGGGAGAAAUGCGAAAAGAAGCAAGACCCGUGUUCACCCAACCCUUGCCAAUCGGGAGGACAGUGUCGUCGCGUCGGCUUCGAUUUCCACUGCAGCUGUUCACCCGACCGCGAAGGCAAGCUGUGCGAGCUGGAGAGAGGCGACGCGUGCGCCAGCAAUCCCUGCAGAAACGGCGGCGUAUGCAAGGAAAGUCCCGACGGCUCGAGUUUCUUCUGCCUAUGCCGAACGGGUUAUCGCGGCAACCACUGCGAGGUCUUGACCGACUCUUGUCGGCCCAAUCCAUGCUUGCACGGUGGUCUCUGCGUCAGCGAAAAACCAGGGUAUCGUUGCAGCUGCCUCGAGGGCCGUUACGGCCGUCACUGCGAGCGCUCGACCUUCAGCUUCGAUGAGCUCUCGUACAUGACCUUUCCCUCCCUCGACUCCAACACCAACGAUGUGACCAUCGUCUUCGCGACCACGAAGCCCAACGCGCUGCUGCUCUACAAUUACGGGGUCCAGAGUGGCGGACGCUCCGACUUUAUUGUGCUGGAACUCGUCAACGGCAAGCUGGUGUUUUCCUGCGGAGGAGCCAGAAGCGCCAUAACUACCCUCACCGUGAAAUCGGACAAGUCGUUGGCCGACGGAAGUUGGAACAAGGUGACUGCCACGAGAAACGGCCGGGUCGUCUCGUUGAGCGUGUCCAAGUGCAAGGAGCACGGAGACUUGUGCGAUGAUUGCAGACCCGGGGACGGCACUUGCUACGCCGAGGACGUCGGUCUCACGGGAACACUGAACUUUAACAAGAAUCCCCUGCUACUCGGCGGUUUGGUCAACUCCGAUCCUGUGCUCGAGAGGCCAGGUCAAAUACACUCCGACGAUCUGGUGGGGUGUAUUCAUUCCGUGUCGAUAAACGGUCGCGCGCUCAAUCUCUCGAGCCCGUUGUCAUCUCGGGGUAUCAAGUCGACUUGCCCCAGGUCCGAUGGUGGCCCGUGCUCAAGAUCUAGGGAGGCAGGCAACGCUUGUGGCCAGGGCAAAUGCUACGACAAGUGGGACAAAUCGACUUGCCAGUGCGGAAAAGUCAUGGCACCCAAUUGUCAAGGGGCUGUGGAACCGAUUACCCUCAGCGAUGGUGGUUACGUUGAGUACGAGAUUUCGGAGAAGCACAGGAGGAUGCAGUUGCUCGAAUACCUUUACGGCGGUACCACCCACUGGCACGAUGGUUUACCGUCUCGUUACACCGAGGAGAACGCCAUAUCUGUCAUUCCAACAUCGACACCCGCCAAAAGCAUACACUUGAUGUUUCGAACGGUGAAGCCCGACGGUAUCCUCGUCUACGCCGCAACCAAUAGGCAUUACACCUCCAUAGAGCUGCGCCACGGUCAAAUCAGUUACGCUUCGCUAUUGAGCUCCCCGGUAAACAUGAGUGGAUCUCACGAGGGUAGUUUGGCCGACGGACGCUGGCACAAUUUGACGUUGCACUCGUACGCGCGUGGAUUAAAAUUGUACGUCGAUGAAAAGCUCUCGGGCGAAGAGUUGGAUUCGGCCGGGGUGCACGAUUUUCUCGAUCCCUAUUUGACGCUGCUGACCGUAGGUGGUGUCAGACCUGAUCAAUACAUGGCCUACGACGGUCCACCCAAGCCAUUCGAGGGCUGCCUGGCUAACUUUACCAUUAACAGGGAGGUUCAGCCCUUCAAUGGCUCGGGAUCAAUAAUGAAGGAUACGAUUUACCACGGCAAAGUUAAUCACGGCUGUCGCGGUCCUAUCGGCAUUGCCGCGGCGACGGCAGCCGAUCCCUUGAGCGUUGGCGUGACCCUCGUCGUCAUUUUCUUCGUAAUCCUUCUCGUGGCCAUUUUGGCGAGUUUCAUCAUUUUUCGCUUGAGGCGCCAGAGUAAGGAAAAAUCGGCGACCACGGUCGUCAACAAGAACACCAACGCCAUCAUGACCGGUAAUACGCUGGUCGGUCCUCAGUCCGACAACAUCAUGACGAGACACGAAAAUACGUACAUUACGGAUGGCUCGGAUCUGAGGAACAUCAGUCACCUUGGACCCGAACUCAUCUCCAAGAAGUACAAGGAACGGGAAAUGAGUGCUCCCGAGCACCGUCCCCAAAGGCCGGACAUAAUAGAACGCGAGAUCAGCAAGUCACCCCUGAUCCGGGAUGAGCAUCCGCCGUUGCCACCGCCAACCCAAAGUUCCCUGCGCUCGCACGAGCACGGCCAAGAGCCGGACUUGCCGGAACAUUACGACCUGGAAAACGCGAGCUCGAUAGCACCGAGCGACAUCGACAUAGUUUACCACUACAAGGGCUACAGGGACGGUAUGAGGAAGUACAAAGCCACGCCACCUUCCAUCAACAGCUACGGCAACCAUCACAAGCACACGAAUCAGCAACACAGGCACGUGGGACCGUUUCCCCAGAGCCGGGCAAUGGCUCCACCCCCGGUGGGCCAGCCCCCAGUUUCUGCCCCGAAAUUACUGCAGAGCACCCCACUGGCUAGAUUGUCGCCCAGCAGUGAGCUUUCGGCCCAGCAGCCCAGGAUACUGACGCUCCACGACAUAAGCGGCAAGCCAUUGCAAAGCGCCCUGCUGGCGACUACCUCGUCGUCGGGAGGUGUGGGUAAAGACGUUAUGAACUCCAACAGUGAGCGGAGCCUCAACUCGCCAAUAAUGAGUCAAUUGUCGGGCUCGACGGCCAGCCGCAAAGUGCCGCAAUCCAACAACAAGGCAGUUAACAACGGGGUGUCCUCGGGGCCCAGGGGACUCACGGCCGAGGAAAUCGAAAGAUUGAACUCGAGACCGAGAACGUCGAGUUUGGUGUCGACCCUCGACGCCGUGAGUUCGUCGAGCGAAGCCAGAGGUCCUACCCACGGUCCGCUACAUCUUCACAGAAGGCACAGUCCACCGACCGAGAGGCUCAAGCGAAGAAAUUCCUCGACAACCAACGAAAGCGGCAACGAUAGUUUCACCUGUUCAGAAAUCGAAUACGACAACAACUCGUUGGUGGGCUCCAAGAGAUCCGAAAACAUUUACAGCAAACCAGACGACACAGUCGUGGCGAGGGCUAAAGAGAGCCCCCAGUCGACCAAGCCACCGCUUCCACCGAGCAUCAACUACGACGGUUUCGACAGUUCGUUUCGGGGCUCGCUGAGUACUCUCGUUGCCUCGGACGACGACAUGUCGACCCACAUAGGAGGUCUGUACAGGCCGUCUAGCAACGAGUCCCCGUCGACUAGCAUAGCCCUGAGCUGGGACUACUUGUUAAACUGGGGACCAAAUUUUGAGAGUCUGGUUGGUGUGUUCAUAGACAUUGCAGAGCUGCCCGACGGCAGCACUCGAGUCCCUAGUACAUUGAGACUGCCCAAUAAUAUUUCUAAGCCUUCCGAAGAGUAUGUUUAA